UGCCCCGCGCUCCGCCCGGCCGCCCGGCGCUCCCGCCCGCCGUGCCCGCCGUCCGCGCCCCGGGCCCGCGCGCCAUGCAGCCGCCGCCGGCCCCGCGCGCGUAGGCGCCCGCCGCAGGCCAUGCUGCCCCUGCUCGCCGCGCUGCUGGCCGCCGCCUGCCCGCUGCUGCCCCCGGCCCGCGGCGGGCUGGCGGGCGCGCCCGACCUGCCCGGGACGGCUCCCAACGGCUCGGCCAACGCGUCGUCCGCGGGCGAGCCCGCCGGCCCGCGGCUGCUGGCCCCCGCGGCGCCCGGCGUGCCCGAGCGGCCGGGCCCCGAGGAGGCGGCGGCGGCGGCGGCGCCGUGCAACAUCAGCGUGCAGCGGCAGAUGCUCAGCUCGCUGCUCGUGCGCUGGGGCCGCCCGCGGGGCUUCCAGUGCGACCUGCUGCUCUUCUCCACCAACGCGCACGGCCGCGCCUUCUUCGCCGCCGCCUUCCACCGCGUCGGGCCGCCGCUGCUCAUCGAGCACCUGGGGCUGGCGGCGGGCGGCGCGCAGCAGGACCUGCGCCUCUGCGUGGGCUGCGGCUGGGUGCGCGGCCGCCGGGGCCCCGGCCGCCUCCGGGCCGCCGGGGCGCCCACCGCGCUGCCCGCCUACCCCGCCGCCGAGCCCCCGGGCCCGCUCUGGCUGCAGGGCGAGCCGCUGCACUUCUGCUGCCUGGACUUCAGCCUGGAGGAGCUGCAGGGCGAGCCGGGCUGGAGGCUGAACCGCAAGCCCAUCGAGUCCACGCUGGUGGCCUGCUUCAUGACCCUGGUCAUCGUCGUGUGGAGCGUGGCCGCCCUCAUCUGGCCGGUGCCCAUCAUCGCCGGCUUCCUGCCCAACGGCAUGGAGCAGCGCCGGACCACCGCCAGCAGCGCCAGCGCAGCCGCCGCCGCCGCCGCCGCCGCCCCCGCCGCCGUGCCCGCCGCCGUGCCCGCGGGGACCACCGCGGCCGCCGCAGCUGCCGCCGCCGCCGCUGCCGCCGCUGCUGCCGCCGUCACCUCGGGGGCGGCCACCAAGUGACCCGCUCCGCGCCGCCCUGCGUCCGCCCCCUGCCCUCCGCGCGCUCGGGUGCCUUUCCCGCCGGGACGCUCGGCCGGUGUGCUUCGUGCUGUAGUGACCGUUAGUUCUUCCCGGGAGGGGGCAGCCGGGGAGGCGCCGUCGUGUCUGCAAAAGAUUGGAGCUGCGCGGCUGCAGGUUUUCUCUGGGGAGCAGUUGCAAAAAGCCUUUGCACUUGAGGGUGGCUCCGCACCUGGAAGACAGAGAGUGACAAAGGGGCCCUUUCUCCUCCAAUGCAUCCUCCCGCACCCCCCACCCAUCCCCCGCACCCACGUGCCCUAUAUUCAUGGCAGAAAAUGACCAAAUCCUGUGUAUUUGUUUUAUAUAUUUAAUAACUGUUUUAAAUGAAAGUUUUAGUAAAACAAACAAAACAAUUAAAUUGCUAUUGCUGUAGUAAGAGAAGCUCUUUGUAUCCGAACAUAGUUGUAUUUGAAGUUUGUUGUUUUUUUUUUUAAUUUAUUUUAAGGGGGGGCAUGGGAUGGAUUUGACACUGACUAUUAUUACCGCUGCAAUGAACUUGAUGAACCUUUUCCUAGUCGAUCUAUCUGGUGAUGUGAUCUGGUGGGCGUUUUCUUCUUGUACUUCUGUGGGAUUUUUCUUUUUGGCUUUUAAUACAGACAUUUUCCUCCAGA